AUGCCCUUGCCCAUCUCCGGCCGCCGCGGCCUCCCCAUCCUACCGUUCCUCCUCCUCGUCCUCCACGCGCUCCCCGCGCGGCUCCCGCGGUGCGCGGCCGAGUCGGCGACGUGCCUCGCUUUGUACCGGGAGGGGGGCGCCCCCGCGGUGUUCCAGUCCGCGCACUGCCCGCGCUGGACCCUCCCCCCGCACGACGGCCAGGGGGAUGGCGGGGGCAAGAGCUCCCCGAUGGGGUGCCACGUGGCGGCCGACCGCGGCCGCCGGCGGUCCCAGGAGGACCGCGCCGUCUGUGCCCUCGGCAUCCGCAUCCCCUUCGUAGAGCAGAUGAGGAUUAAAGAGGUUGAUGUGGGAGUGGUGGCAAUAUUUGAUGGUCAUAAUGGAGCUGAGGCUAGUGAGAUGGCUUCUAAGCUUUUUCUGGAUUACUUCUUGCUCCAUGUUUAUUUUCUUCUCGAUGGAAUAUACUCCAUGCUGUUCAGAAAAUCUACUGGGAAACUGACAUAUCGGGAAGCUACUAUUCUUAACAAUGUAUUUAAUCUGUACAAGGAUGACCAAUCCAACCAUGGAAAGAGGUAUGGUGUAAUAUCAACACCUGAAUUGACAGGGUGGCAGAUUCUGUCAGAAAAUGACACUUUUCUUAUUGCGUCAUCUGAUGGGAAAGGCACAACAGACAAUGUGGCUGCUGUAAUUGUUCCAUUGGGAUCACCUGGUAGCACUGGUACUACAUUAAAAGAUUGGUCCCAGUUUGAAGAUCUCAAGACAUCUAUUUCUCCAGUGUUGAAUAUUCCAUAUGGACUGAAGCCUGAUGAUGGCACUAGUUCAGCUGUCAUUGACAUGGAAUAUUUCAAGCGUUCAUCAAUAAAGUUCCAGAGGUUCUUGGUUGAAGCAAAGCUUGGUUGUUUCUACUUAUCCGAGAGUCUGGAUGAAGAUACGGACUACAUAUUUAGGGUACCGGAAGCAUACCAGCGUGAAGAAGACUUCAAUCACAUGCCAGCUGAGACUGUCUUAUAUUCUGAUGGUAAUCUUGAAAAAUACAAGGACAGACACUUUUGCUUGUACCUUGGUCAUCAAGAUGGCGAAAUGGGGCGGUGCAAUGGUCCUGAAGCUUUUGCAAUUUUUUUUGGUCUACUUGACUCCCUUCCGCAUAAUGGAAGCAAAUCAAAUGGUUCACGCUCCUUUGGCAACACAAUAGAUUUCAGAUACAAGCUUAAGAGAAGAUUUGAUCGUGGGUCAUACGGUGAAGUCUGGUUGGCAUUUCACUGGAAUUGCUCUGAAGAUGCAGAUGUUCAUAAAGAGCCUCCACACUUUACCACUAUAUCUAAAUCAGAGAUGUAUAAUUGCACAAGUUCAGACACAAUGUCAUCUGAUGAAGAUCAUGUUUCAGGCACAGUAGAUGGUGAUUUAUUCAUACUGAAGCGCAUAAUGGUGGAGAGGGGAAAUGCAGCUUACUUGAGUGGAUUGCGUGAGAAAUACUUUGGGGAAUUAUUUUCAAAUGCUUCCAGAAUUCUUGAAGGUUUGUUGAGGACAGAAUCAUCGACUAUCUCAUUGGACAUGCAAUACAAUCCUGAUAUCCAUUUAGAAAGGAACAUGUCGGCUAUUGAGGAACCACUCAAGCACGUGGCUAGGUUUAUAGAAUCUUUUGAAUCAGAAUCAAGGGAAAUUUGGCUGGUGUAUCACAAUGAAGGCCGCUCAUUAUCAAAACUGAUAUAUACUGCCGAAGAAACAAAGUUAGUCACUGGCAACAAUAAUGAGAGGGUCAGACAUAUUCAAGUUCUUCACCCAUCGAAGUGGUGGCAUUGGUUAAGGACAACCAAAGCUGGGCAAAAGCAAAUGCAAAACCUCUUAUGGCAGCUGUUGAUGGGACUGAAGGCCUGUCAUGAUCGUAAUAUCACUCACCGGGAUAUCAAACCUGAGAACAUGAUCAUUUGCUUUGAGGACAUGGAGACUGGAAAGUGUCUAAGAGAGGUUCCAUCUGAAGCAAAGCAAAAUAAGUUGAACAUGUGUCUGAUUGACUUUGGCAGUGCCAUUGAUGAUUACACGUUGAAGAAUCUUUAUGGUUCAGGCCCUACUCGAUCUGAACAGACAUUUGAGUACACUCCUCUAGAGGCACUCCUUAAUUCAAACUGGUUUCAAGGAUCAAAAUGUGCAAGGCUUAAGUAUGAUAUGUGGAGUGUUGGAGUUGUCAUGCUAGAGUUGAUGGUGGGUUCUCCCCAUGUUUUUCAGAUAAGCGACCGCACACGUAUUUUAAUGGAUCAGUGUCUCGAAGGGUGGAGUGAACAAACAAAGGAGCUUGCAUACAAGUUGAGGUCAUACAUGGAGUUGUGCAUUUUAGUCCCAGGGAUUUCCUCACAACAUCAUGGCAGUGGUGGCCCAGAACAGGGUCAAUUUGGGUUAGCUUCUUGGAAAUGCUCUGAAGAAUCAUUUGCACAUCAAGUGAAGAUCAGAGAUCCUCUUAAGAUUGGGUUGGUGUUUCUUUUCGUGUCCACAUUUCCUUUGCCCCAGAAUACUUGGACCAUCAUCAUUUUCAUAUCUAAUAGUUUCAUCAUUGGCAUUGCUAAUGUUUUCCAGCUUUCCUAA